AAGGUGCUUGAGAGAGUACCAUGUCUCAUCUAUGACAAUAGCAACAUAAGCUCAUUUGCUUACAAGACAUUAAAAGUGGAGGGACUGGCUAUGAAACCUUAUUGAGACCAUCUUUAUGUAGAUAUCUUGGAAACAUCAGAUUACGUGGAAAUGUUCCAUUUCAGACUAGACUGUAGGUGCCCGAGAUGUGAGGGUGUGUCAAGAGGAGUAUAUAAGAGCAAGCCCACCAGCUCACUUCAUCAGUAUUAAGGAUAUUGGUCAUCAUCAUGUUUUCAUUUUUUGUGACAGUUCUGGUGGUCAUUCAAGUCAUUGCUACUUCCGGUGGUCAAAGUGUGUCAGAUGAGAGAAAUCAGCAGAAGGCAUGUGUGUCUGCUGGUAUUCCUGGAGUACCUGGAUUACCUGGAGUGAAUGGAUUACCUGGACGAGACGGAAUGAAAGGAGAGAAAGGAAUGAAUGGCGAAAACGGAUUAGUUGGAAAUGCUGGUCGACAAGGAAUAAAAGGAGAUGAAGGAAGCAAAGGAAUAAAGGGAGAGAGAGGAUUGGUUGGCGAUGACGGUGGUAAAGGUAAUGCUGGGAAGAUAGGCCCACAAGGUCCACAAGGGAUAAGAGGAGAACAAGGGACAAAGGGAGAGACAGGAAGGAAAGGAGAGAAAGGACAAGCUAUUACACUCAACUGGAAACAGUGUGUGUGGAAUAGAGUGGAUGUCAAAGACAGCGGUUUAAUACAGAACUGUAAUUUUAGAAAACAUGACAACAGUUCAGCUCUACAUGUAGCAUAUGCUGGGACUCUUGGGGUUUACUGUGGUAGUCAGUGCUGUUCUCGAUGGUAUUUUACGUUCAACGGUAACGAGUGCAGUGGACCUAUGACUAUUGAGGGAAUCCUGUAUGGUCGUCCAGCUAAUGAUAGUCCUCAUCGUCACAGACAGAUUGAGGGAUACUGUGAGAACAUUCCAGCAGGUCAAGUCACAAUUGGAUUCAACGUAGGAAACUGUAACAAAUGGACAUCAACAAUAUAUGAUGGUCACACAGGAUAUCUAUCGGUAUCUCGCAUUAUGAUUGCAGAAGUUCCUCCAUCACAAAAGUGAGUGAAUGAGAGAGGAAUUAGAACUUGAACUUGUGUUCGGUAUAGUUUGCGGUAUGUACUAUUAAAAUCUUUGCAGUUGUUUUGA